AUGCGGAUCACUUCAGUUCUGUUUAAUGCUGCCCGCUACAAUACCAUAGGAUUCAUUGGUCUAGGUGCCAUGGGAAACCACAUGGUCAAUAAUCUUAUUAGUAAAGCAGGGCAAAGUGGGGGAAUCCCCAAGAAUUUCGUCGUCUGUGACGUCAAUCCAGACACAGUGUCGAGAAUCAUAGCUCGACAUGCUGCAGCGAAUCCUGACAUAAAGGUUGAGAGCGCUAAAACCCCUGAAGAGAUUGCGAACAAGGCUGCUACAAUUAUCAGCAUGGUUCCAACCGCAAACAAUGUCAGAGAGGUAUACCUGGGGAAGUCCGGUGUCAUAAGGGCCCUGGAAAAAUUAUCAAAGGACGAUGUUCGUCGAACAAUUUGCAUAGACGAAUCUACUAUACAGCAAGAGGAAAGUCGAUCCAUCGCCAAUCAAGUGAAACAGACCGGUGCAGAAAUGAUAGACGCUCCGGUAUCUGGAGGCACUGUCGGUGCAAGAGAUGGAACUCUCACCAUAAUGGUUGGAGGAAAGAAAGAUGCAUUCGAGCGUGCCCGGCCAAUUCUUCAAUCGAUGGGACAGCGAGUACUCAGCUGUGGAGAUCUCGGCGCGGGCCUUGCUGCCAAACUUGCCAAUAAUUUAUUGCUUGGUAUAUCAAUGAUGGGUGUUGCUGAGGCAAUGCUGCUUGGGAAGAAGCUCGGAUUGGAAUCGCAACAACUCGCCGAAAUAAUAAAUACAUCGACGGGACGAUGCUGGUCUUCAGAGGUCAAUAACCCGGUUCCGGAAGUAAGAACUAGUUCAUCAUCACCGCCUUCGCACCGUGAAUACGAAGGCGGGUUUGUAACAAAACUUGCUCAUAAGGACCUCGCACUGGCUGUUGCUGCCGCAAAGAUUGUAAAUUCCCCAGUUCCUCUCGGCAGUCUUACAGAAGAAGUAUACCGGCCAUUGGCGCAGCCAGGAUCCAGCUUUGAUAACUUGGACUUCUCCUCUAUCUACAAGUACUUCGAUGAAGGGAGGAUGCCCACAGCACGAGAGCAGAAAUAA